UAAGAACGGGUCCUGGUCAAAAUUCAAACGCUGGAACUGAAACUCUGCGAGUGGACGUCUCGUGAGCUGCCGGUGCGAUGGCCGACGAGGGCGCUGUGCGGGUCUGCGUGAGGGUGCGGCCGCUGAUCGAAAGAGAGAAUACGGAGGCGGGAGACAAAGAAACCGUUGUCUGGAAAAGUGAGAAAUUCAGCAUCUCACAAGUGGAUGGAACAAAGUUCUUCACGUUUGAUCGAGUAUUUCAUGCGGAAGAAAGUACCUCCACAGUUUAUAAAGAAGUGGCUGAUCCAAUUAUAAAAUCUGCUGUUCAAGGAUAUAAUGGCACUAUUUUUGCGUAUGGCCAGACCGCUUCAGGCAAAACGUAUACAAUGUUGGGAACAGAGAGUUCUCCAGGGAUUCUACCCAUGGCAAUUGAAGAUGUCUUCAAGACCAUCUGUAGCAUUCCAGAUAGGGAGUUCUUACUUCGCAUCUCAUAUAUGGAAAUCCAUAAUGAGACAAUAAAAGACCUGCUGUGUAGUAAUAUCACGAAGAAAAAACCUCUCAUAAUCCGGGAAGACAUCAGUAGGACUAUCUAUGUCGAAGACCUGAUUGAAGAGGUGGUGGUUUCUCCAGAGGAAGUCAUGAGGUGGCUACAAAAAGGCGAAAAAAGCAGACAUUAUGGGGAGACAAAAAUGAAUGCAAGAAGCAGCCGUUCACAUACGAUCUUCAGAAUGAUUAUUGAAAGCAAGGAGAGGGAUUCUUCGAGUUCCAACUGUGAUGGGGCUGUCAUGGUGUCUCACUUGAAUUUGGUAGACUUGGCGGGAAGUGAAAGAGCUAGCCAAACAGGCACGGACGGCAUUCGAUUUAAGGAAGGCUGCAAUAUAAACCGGAGCCUGCUCACCUUGGGUCAGGUCAUCAAGAAACUUUGUGACGAUCAGUCUGGAGGCUUCAUAAAUUAUAGAGACAGCAAACUUACAAGAAUUUUACAGAACUCGCUUGGCGGGAAUGCUAAGACUGUUAUCAUCUGUACAGUUACUCCAGUAUCUCUGGAAGAGACAUUAAGCACCCUUCAGUUUGCUAGUACAGCAAAGAAGAUGAAAAACAGCCCCAAAGUGAAUGAGGUUCUGGAUGAUGAUGCCCUCUUGAAGAGGUACCGAAGAGAAAUUGAAGACUUGAAGCGGCGCCUAGAAGAGGUUUCUUCAGGCUGUCACACCAGAGAUGAAGAGAAGGACCAGCUCGCACAGCUCUUGGAGGAAAAGAACUCAUUGCAAAAGCAGCAGGAGGACAGGAUAAGAACCCUGGCCAAGUUGGUGGUCCCUUCAUCUUCCUUUCUGCAAGAAGAAGAGUUAAAAGCUAGAAAGAGGAGGAGAGUUACCUGGGCCCCUGGACAAAUAAGCCACAACAGGGACUUGUUUUCAGAAGAUUUCCCUGAAAAACCUAAAAGAUUUAAAGUCUCUAUGUCAGCCUUAUCAGAGAUGGAAGAAUCUGCAAUUUCAGAUAUCUCAGAAUGCGACGAUCCCUGCCUGGCAAUCUCUGCAGCAGUGCCGGAAGAGGAGUGGAUUCCAGGGCCUGAAAUGAGUCUGAUCCAUAAAGAUUUUGCAGAUUCUGUCAUCCUCUGCGAAACGCUUGCAGCAGAAAGGGACUGUGCUGUAACUAAACAAGAAGCUACCCUCGCAGAACUAGAGACUUUACAGUUAGAAAAAGAACAGCUGUCGCAAGAAGUGAAGGAGUUGACUGAAAAGAUAGAAACAAAUGAAUUCAUAGUUCUUGAAAAGAAAACUGCAGAGGAACAUGAGAUGCAACUAAUGCAUGAAAUUUCCAACUUAAAGGCUGUGAUUGCAAAUGCUGAAGGGUACAAUCAAGAUCUCCAGGAUGACUUGCAGUCAAAAGAAUUGCAACUUAAGGAAGCAGAAAACAAAAUAGCAUUACUGGAAAAACAGAUAAUUCAGCUACGUGACCUUUUGGAAGAAUCUCAGAAGACAAGUAGUAGAAAUGCAGAUGCAUCCCUAACGGGAACAAGUCAAGUGACAGAUGAAAUGAAACAGUCACUCAACGAUGCUGAAAUAGUAGCCUUAGAUGCCAAGAAGGAAGCUGCUUUCCUCCGGAGUGAAAAUCUACAGCUAAAAGAGAGAAAUGACCAACUCUUGGAUGAUUAUGACCGCAUGGGUAAAGAUGUGGAACGUUAUAGGAGCCAGGUAGAAGCAGGCAAAGCCAUGUACAAAAAAAUGCAGUCUGACUUGCAGAAAGAGCUGCAGUAUUAUUUUCAAGAAAAUGCAAAGCUCACUUCUCUCCUGGAAGGCACCCAGUCAUCUGUGGAACUAAAUGAAAAAAUCAUUCACUUAAAAAACGAAUUGAACAAAGCUCUAGGAGAGAAUGUUUCUUUAAGAGAAGAAGUGGCUGCAUUGUCAGAAGCUGGCCUGAAACCUGACCUAGAAAUCUUGCACAAGGAGAUUCUUGAAAAAUCUCAGUCAAUCGCUUCCCUGACCUCUGGAAAAGAAACUUUGCUGUCUCAAGUAGCUGAAAAAGAACAAAGGAUCCUUGAAAUGACCGCUGCACUAAAGUCCAAAGAGGAUGUUGCAAAUGCUGAAGCAGUGAGAAAAAACGAUGAACUGGGGCAGGAGCUAGCCACUGUAUGUGAAGAAAACAAACGGCUACAAGGCCAGAUAGAAAGCUUAUCUGGUGAAAACCUCAAACUCCAUGCAAGUGUUAGUGAGAUGGUGCAAGAGGGUUUGGUGUUGCAAGAACAGCUCAAUAAUGCUGAUGGUUCCCUCAAAGAAUACCACGAUAUGGUAGAAAAACUGAGAUGCCAAAAUUCCCUGGCUUUGAAAGUAGAGGAGGAGCUCAACCAGACCAUUGAGCAGCUGAAGCAAAAGGCUGUGGACACUCAGGCAGAGGUGGAGAAGCUGCUGGAGAAAACCAAAUCUCAAGAGCAGCAGGUUAUUCAGCAGGAGAGCUUGAUAGUCGAGCAAGAGGAGCAGUUUCGGAAACGGGAAGCAGAACUUGGAGAAGAAAUUACACAGCUGAAAGACAAGUUGGAACAGCUGACUGAAGAAUUAAACUUAGAAAUGGCUGAAAACAACCGCUUGCUGGCUGAACGGAAAGCCGAGGCCGAGAGAAUGCAGCAACUUGGGACUCAGAAUUCUCUGCUUCAGAAAGAAAGAGAUGACAUCCAGCAAGCAAUGGAGGAAGUUAAAGCUGAGAACGACCAGCUUGGUGACAGGUUGCGUGAAAACACUGAGAAGGUGGAACAGCUGGCAGAAAAAUUAAGCUUACAAAUGACUGAAAACAACCACUUGCUGAAUGAACGGAAAGCCGAGGCCGAGAGCAUGCAGAAACUUGGCACCCAGAAUUCUCUGCUUCAAAAAGGAAGAGACGACCUCCAGCAAGCAAUGGAGGAAGUGAAAGCUGAAAAUGACCAGCUUCGUGGGAGGCUGCGUGAAAACACUGAGAAGGGAUUGGAGCUCCGAGAACAGCUCAAUAAUACUAAUGGUUCCCUCGAAGAAAACAACGAUACUGUAGAACUGAGACGCGAACACUCUCAGGUUUUAAAGACACAGGAGGGGCUCAGCCAGACCAUUUUGCAGCUGAAGCAAGAGGUUGUGGAAACUCAGGCAGAGGUGGAAAAGCUGCUGGAGAAAACAAGAUCUCAAGAGCAGCUGGUUAUUCAGCAAGAUAACUUGAUUGUCGAGCGAGAGGGGCAUCUUCGGAAACCGGAAGCAGAACUUGGAGAAGAAAUUACUCAGCUGAAGGAGAAGGUGGAACAGCUGGCAGAAAAAUUAAGCUUACAAAUCACUGAAGACAACCACUUGCUGGAUGAACGGAAAGCAGAGGCCGCGAGCAUGCAGCAACUUGGGAUGCAGAAUUCUCUGCUUCAAAAAGAAAGAGACGACCUCCAGCAAGCAAUGGAGGAAGUGAAAGCUGAAAAUGACCAGCUUCGUGGCAGGUUGCGUGAAAACACUGAGAAGGUUGUGGAAAUUCAGGCAGAAGUGGAAAAGCUGCUGGAGAAAACAAGAUCUCAAGAGCAGCUGGUUAUUCAACAAGAGAGCUUAAUUGUCGAGCAAGAGGGGCAGCUUCGGAAACAAGAAGCAGAACUUGGAGAAGAAAUGACACAACUGAAGGAGAAGGUGGAACAGCUGACAGAAAGAUUAAGCUUACAAAUCGCUGAAGCCAACCACUUGCUGGAUGAACGGAAAGCCGAGGCCGCGAGCAUGCAGCAACUUGGGAUGCAGAAUUCUCUGCUUCAGAAAGAGAGAGACGACCUUCAGCAAGCAAUGGAGGAAGUGAAAGCUGAAAAUGACCAGCUUCGUGGCAGGUUGCGUGAAAACACUGAGAAGGGUUUGGAGCUCCGAGAACAGCUCAAUAAUACUAAUGGUUCCCUCGGAGAAAACCACAAUGCUGUUGAAGAACUGAAAUGUGAAAACUCUCAGUCUUUGAAAACACAGGAGGAGCUCAACCAGACCAUUGAGCAGCUGACACAAAAGGCUGUGGACACCCAAGCAGAGGUGGAGAAGCUCCUGGAGAAAACAAGAUCUCAAGAGCAGCUGGUUAUUCAGCAGGAGAGCUUGAUAGUCGAGCGAGAGGAGCAGCUUCGGAAACGAGAAGCAGAACUUGGAGAAGAAAUUACACAGCUGAAAGAGAAGUUGGAACAGCUGACUGAAGAAUUAAGCUUACAAAUGGCUGAAAACAACCUUUCACAGGAUGAACGGAAAGUCGAGGCAGCGAGCAUGCAGCAACUUGGGAUGCAAAAUUCUCUUCUUCAAAAAGAAAGAGACAGCCUCCAGCAAGCAAUGGAGGAAGUGAAAGCUGAAAAUGACCAGCUUCGUGGCAGGUUACGUGAAAACACUGAGAAGGGUUUGGUGUUGCAAGAACAGCUCAAUAGUGCUGAUGGUUCCCUCAAAGAAUACCAUGAUAUGGUAGAAAAACUGAGAUGCCAAAAUUCCCUGGCUUUGAAAACAGAGGAGGAGCUCAACCAGACCAUUGAGAAGCUGAAGCAAAAGGUUGUGGACACUCAAGCAGAGGUGGAGAAGUUGCUGGAGAAAACAAGAACUCAAGAGCAGCUGGUUAUUCAGCAGGAGACCUUGAUAGUCGAGCGAGAGGAGCAGCUUCGGAAACGAGAAGCAGAACUUGGAGAAGAAAUGACACAACUGAAGGAAAAGGUUGUGGACACCCAAGCAGAGAUGAUGAAGCUGCUGGAGAAAACCAGAUUUCAAGAGCAGCAGGCUACUCGGCAGGAGAGCUUGAUUGUCGACCGGGAGCAGCAGCUUCGGAAACGAGAAGCAGAACUUGGAGAAGAAAUUACACAAUGGAAAGAGAAGGUGGAACAGCUGACAGAAAGAUUAAGCUUUCAAAUGGCUGAAAACAACCACUUGCUGGAUGAACGGAAAGCCAAGGUCGAGAGCACGCAGCAACUUGGGAUGCAGAAUUCUCUGCUUCAGAAAGAAAGCGAUGACAUCCAGCAAGCAAUGGAGGAAGUAAAAGCUGAAAAUGACCAGCUUCGUGGCAGGUUACGGGAAAACACUGAGAAGGGUUUGGAGUUGCAAGAACAGCUCAAUAGUGCUGAUGGUUCCCUCAAAGAAUACCAUGAUAUGGUAGAAAAACUGAGAUGCCAAAAUUCCCUGGCUUUGAAAACAGAGGAGGAGCUCAACCAGACCAUUGAGCAGCUGAAGCAAAAGGUUGUGGACACUCAAGCAGAGGUGGAGAAGCUGCUGGAGAAAACAAGAUCUCAAGAGCAGCAGGUUAUUCAGCAAGAGAACUUGAUAGUCUCACAAGAGGAGCAGCUUCGGAAACGGGAAGCAGAACUUGGAGAAGAAAUGGCACAGCUGAAGGAAAAGUUCUCCAAAACAAAUGCAGAACUGCAGAAGGAUUUGCACGAACUGAGAGAGCAACUGGCAAAAGCCACUGAAGAAAAAACACCAGAGGACAAAGAACGAGAAGACCUUGAAAUACUUCAAGCAAAAGUCUCAAAAAUAGAGGAGGCGCUGCAGAAAUUUCCAGCGAUAGAACAGAGAUAUGAAUAUCUUGGAAGAGUUGCUUGGAAUCUGAUGACUGAAGUUAACAGCGAAAAAGAACUAGUGACAAAAGUUCUUAAAGAUGUUUCCCACGAGAAGGCAAAACAGAUCAGAAGGCUCCAAAUGGAACACGAGAUAGUAAGCAACGGUCUCCAGAAACUGCUGAACAAAACACAGUUCCUUUCACUCCGACUGUGCAAGAGGGAGAAGGAAUACUACAGCAGCAUCAGCAGCUACACCAUGGAGCUGCUUGGAGAGAGGAGAAAACAACACGAGCUGCUCACUCAGAUUCAAAGCCUGAAGGAGCCUUGCCGUAACUCGCAUGCAGCUGUAUCUCAGCAGCUCUACCUCCCUGAACUGAGCCAGAACCUGGAUUUCCAUGUAGAGCAAAUCUGGAAAGAUGUGUCACAAAUGGAGGAAGAAAUUUGCAGUAUAGAAGCGAUGUUGCAGAAACUGGAGAACGAGGGCAGAAAAAUGGAAAGGCAUUCAGUUCCUUUCGACGUGCAAGACUUUGAGACGACAGUGAAGCGAGACAACGAGAGGCUGUUCCCCGUGGGCCAGUUCUUGAAACCCAAACCUCGGCCUCUCAUUGAAGCUAAAGAGGAACUGGAGUCCAAAAAUAAAAAUUACUGCAAAGAAACUGAGGCUUCUCUGAAGGCAUGCAGAGAGAGGACGAGGGAAUUGCAUCUGGCACUUAAUAUGGCAAAGGAACAGCAAACACCCAGCGGUCAUGCGGAUCUUAUCCUAGAAGAUGAAAAUUGCAGGCUGGAGAGCAAAUUAAGAGCCCAAGAUCAAGCCAUGAAGGAUUUGAAACUGACAAUCCAAGGACUGGAAAAAGCAGCAAACGAAGCAAAGCAAAACCUUCUGGAAAAGGAGAGGCGAAUAGCGGUGCUAGAAAUGGAGCUCAAAGUGAGAGCCUCCAGGAGCGAAGUUGUCCGACUUCGAGCUGUGUUGGAGGAGAAAGAGAACGUCCUAACUAAUACGCUAACAGAGAACCAGACUCUCAAGGCCCAGCUUAACGAAGGUGCUGAACUGUAUAAGGAGGAGAUUGAGGACCUCAAAACACAGCUUGCUAAAGCUGACAUGACACUAAUAAAGCAGUCCAAACGUUUUGACUGGCAAUUGGCAAACGCAAAAGCUCUUUUGGAGCAAAGAGAUGAACAAUUAAGAAGAACCAGGGAAGAGUUGCGCAGAACUCAGCUCGAGCAGGAUACAACAGUCGUGCACAGCCAAAACGUUCCUCAGCCACCCCUGCCGAUCACUUGUGGUGGCGGAAGUGGAAUUGUCCAGAAUACCCAGAUGCUCGUGCUACAGGCUGAGCAUGCUAAACUGGAGAGGGAAGUCGGCCGACUGAAGAAAGAACACGAACUGUUGCUCAAAAAUGAACUCCAUUUGAAAGAGGAAGUUAGGAAAUGGAAGGAGCGAGCUCUGAAGAUGAGAGAACGAUCAAGAGCCACGAGCGAAGAAGAACAAAGAUUAAAAUCUCCAAGGAAAACAGCGCCUCCCUUAUUGACAGGGCCGUCUUCCUCUCCUUCUAAGGAAAGCUCUGUUCAACCUCCUCCAGCAUUGGAUAAACGACCUUCAUCGUUGAAUUAUCCGAAAACUUUCUUCGAUAAUUCAUGUUUGGGGACCUUUAGCGAUGUAAGACUUACAGGUGGCGAAUCUAAAGAAAGGACAAAGCCAGAAAACAGCCUGAAAGACUGGAUGGAAAAAGCAAAUAAAGAGGGCAAGCCUGAGUGCAAGACACAAUAACACCCUGCCCCCUUUGGUAGUUUGUUCAAUGUUUGGACUGAUUUUUAGGUUAUCCCAGAACUUUAGUUUCCCCAGCACUGAGUGAAUAGGCAGCCAUUCCCACCAGUCUGAUUUGGUAGAUUUAUCUGUGUGUGUGUAUACUUGUAUGUCUGCACAUUUAUAUAGACUUCUUUCUAUUUUUACUUGACUGUCCAUUUUGUAAAUAAAAGACUGUUUUAUGCAA